CUGCAGAGGUGAGCCGCCGCCGCUGCUGCUGCUGCUGCUGUGUAGUCGGCCCCCUGCCCCGCUCUGCCCCGCUCCGCUCCGCUCUGCUCCGGGAAAAAGCGGCCGACGGAUUAUCCUGCUCGGUAACGUUAGCUCGCCGGCUAACGGUCAAGACAGCCGCCGAGGAGAGCCAUGAGAAGCCGGUGAAAGUUACCCGCGGCUCACUUGGGGGACUUUAAUGUUGGUGGACACACAGAAAAGGAGGUUCGCGGAUCAUGCCGUCGCCCCCAACGGAAACUUUUCUCUAGAAGCUCCACUUGGGGACGGCUAGCUUACAGGCUAGCGAGGCUACAAACUAUUUUUAAUUGGCUUUGGGCUCAAUGGCUCUCGCUUGUUUUUCCCUGUCAUAGCGACAGCUUGGAAAAUUGGGAGAGGCCCUGUGAACUUCAUGACAAACCAAAGGCCGGUUUUGAAGCGUAACUUCGGAAGACUCGACUGGCAAAGGAGCGAAAAUGAAGAAGCAGUUCAAUCGGAUGAAGCAGCUCGCCAAUCAAACAGUUGGCAGAGCAGAGAAAACAGAAGUCCUCAGCGAUGACCUCCUGCAGAUCGAACGGCGCAUGGAGCUGGUGCGCGUCGUGUCCCACAACACACACAAACGGAUGGUGUCAUGCCUGCAGGGACACAUCGGGGCAGAUGCAGAGAAGAGACAUUCCGUACCACGCCUCUAUACAGGAAAUGGUCAGAAAAAGCUGCCUCUCACAGCACUAUCCCAGGCGAUGGUGGAAGGCGGAAACCAGUUGGGAGAAGAGUCCUUGAUAGGGAAGAUGAUGGAAGUUUGCGGGGAGGCAGAGAAUCGUCUGGCAUCGGAACUGAUGCAACAUGAGCUGCAGAUAGAAAAGGACGUUCUGGAUCCACUCAGUCAGCUAGCAGAGGUGGACAUCCCCAACAUCCUGAAGCAGAGGAAACAGCUGGCCAAACUAGUGCUGGACUAUGAUUCUGCCAGAGCGAGAUGGUUGCAGGCAACCAAGUCAAUAAUCUCAGGAACAAACACUCAAGCACUGACGGCCAAGGCUGACCUACUCAAGGAGGAGGUGGAUGAGGCCAUGAACAAAGUGGAGCUUUGCAAGGAUCAACUUGCUGCAGACAUGUACAGUUUUUUCUCAAAAGAAGGCGACUAUGCCCACUACUUCAUAACGCUCUUAGAAGCUCAGGCGGAUUACCACAGAAAGUCUCUCACUGUUCUGGAGAGUGUCUUGCCAACCAUCCAGGCUCAGCAAGAUUCAUGGAUGGAAAAGCCUGCAUUUGGCACUGGGCUGGAUGAGCACCUGAAAAGGAGCGGAAGGGAGAUCGCCCUGCCACUAGAGGCCUGCGUCAUGAUGCUUCUAGAGACUGGCAUGAAGGAGGAGGGCCUAUUCAGAAUUGCAGCAGGGGCAUCCAAACUAAAGAAGCUAAAGGCAGCGCUGGACUGUUCCACUUCACAACUGGAAGAGUUCUACUCUGACCCCCACGCUGUCGCUGGAGCACUGAAGUCCUACCUGAGGGAACUCCCAGAACCUCUAAUGACCCACCAGCUUUAUGAUGAAUGGAUCCAGGCAUCCAGUGUGUCAGACCCGGACAAACGGCUCCAGGCGCUCUGGGUUGUGUGCGAUAAACUACCAAAGAACAACAAAAACAACUUGAGGUAUCUGGUGAAGUUUUUAGCCAAACUGGCUCAGGACAGCGAGACAAACAAAAUGACUCCGAGCAACAUCGCCAUCGUCCUGGGACCCAACCUGCUCUGGGCCAAGACUGAGGGGAGUCUGGCAGAGAUGGCUGCUGCUACCUCUGUGCACGUAGUGGCCAUUGUGGAGCCUAUCAUCCAGCACGCUGACUGGUUCUUUCCUGAGGAUGUGGACUUUAACGUGUCCGGCGUGUUUGUGAUGCCCACACCUGCAUCCAACCACAACAACCAUCUAGAUUAUGACUCUGGCACCAUUGAGAGGAAGAGGCCUGGCAGCAUGGUGGGACCGGAGAACGACACGACGCGCAAAGACAACACCCCUAACAAGCACUCGGACCACACCCUCCGUAGAGGCAGUAACACCUUAGGUAGAAAGCAGCACACUUCACCUGCCUUCCAGCCUCCUUUACCCCCUGUGGAGGCUCAGGGGCAGGGACAUGGGGCCGGGCAGGUCCCCCAGCCCUCUGCUGAGCCCCAGCCCCAGACACAAGCUCCACCAGGGGGUUCAGGGUUUGACACUUCCCAGCAUAGCUUGGCGCAGAAUCUGGCUGCUCUGGCAGCUGCUCAGCAGCUUCUAGCCCAGCACACAGAGGAGCUCAGCAACCCAAAGCUACGUGACUCUACACCCGCUCAGACCCCUGUGCUGCAGAGGAAUGGCUCUGGAGGAGGCGGCCAGACUGCAGGGCAGCUGGGCACCGGAUCCCCCGGGGCUGGAUCCAUGGGGCCGAGCCCACAUAUGAUGCGCAGAGGUACCAAGAAGCAGGCUCCUGCUCCUCCCAAACCAACAAACCCUCCUCCCAGUCAACCCUGCAAUUCAGUGAACCAAACCUCCUCCUCUGGCUCCUCCCAGUCUCUCAGCCCCUCUCCCAGACCCCUCUCCAGCCACUCGCCCACUUCGCCCACCUCUCCCGCCUCACAACCGUGUGCCACGCCCAGGCGCCACUCCAGCAACCAGCCCCCAAUCCAGGCGCCCAGCCAUCCGCCCCCAGAGCCUCCGACACAGGCCAGCCCUCCGGUGCAGCCUGCAUCGCUCGGCCACUCCACCGGGGACCAGCAGGGCACGGACCCCUCACCUCCAGGCACCCCGACCCCUCCAGACACGCCCCCACCCUCCUCUACCAGCCAGGAUGCAGCCGCUCUUCCGUCCCCGUCUCCCUACCAGUCCGGCUCCCUUCCCCGACCGCGGCCGGUCCCAAAGCCUCGCAACAGACCCAACAUCCCACCGCCACCGCAGCCCAGCACACUGACCAGUGAGACCAACGGGAUCUGCGCCACUGCGUACAAGAUGAUGGGUUAAAGAGGCACUUGUGAGAG